AUAUACAGAGAGCUACAUUAUCAACUACAUUAUCUUUUCUUAGAACAAUUGUUAUUUGAGCGAGAUUUGGUAGCUAGAUCACUAUAUAAACUUGUAUAAUUAGAAUAUAUCGGAAGUUCAGAAAAAAAUAGACUGCGAACCGGAUAAAUGAAAUGCUACAUUUUUUUUUAGACACAUAUAAUAAAUUCUUUUUUUUUAAUUCAAUUAUUCAUUAAUAAGAGUUAAGAAUUCGGUGAGAAAGAGAACGUUUCAACGAGAGGAUUCUGACAAGCUUUCAGCACAUUUUGAAAACCGAUACACAAAUUCCCACGACACCGGUCAAGAUGAAAGCCGUGUUUUGGCAAUCUGUUGUUAAUUCAGACGAAGAAACAUCAAAAUAUGUUCUUGAGACCGAUCUGCCAGUUCCAUCUCCUGGCAAAAAUGAAGUUCAAGUGAAGGUCAAAACCUCAGCUCUGAGUCCCAUCAACCAGAAGGUUCUUGAUGAAGUAUUCCGAAAAAAUCCUGAUCAGAAACAUUAUGCUGUGGGUCGAGAUGUAGCUGGAGUUAUCACUCAAGUAGGGGAAGGUGUCUUGACAUUCAAAGAAGGGGAUGUUGUUGUAGGUGUCGUUCCGCUUUCCAGCAUAAAUUCUGGCUGUGCCGAAUAUUGUAUAUUCCAUGAAUAUGACAUUGUAAAGAAACCUGAGAUGCUGAGUUUUGAAGAUGCUGCUUGUGGCAUCGGUGACUGCUUACAUGCUUACACUGCACUUCACUACCUCUGUCGACUCUGUGCUGGAGACACAAUACUUGUAAUGGAUGGAGCCUCGACUUUCGGCAGUAUUACCAUUCAGCUAGCCCUGAGUUGGGGGGCAAAGGUUAUUACAACUGUGGCUUCUGCAGAAGAACGACAUUUUUUAAAGUCUUCAAUCCCUUCAUUAGCACAAAUAAUCGAUGUGAGUGGCCAUGGGAGUAUGUUACGCAGCAGUGUGAUGGAAGAGACUGGGGGUCUGGGAGUUGACUGUAUCAUCGACAAUGGCGUACGGAUGUUUACAGAAACAGAUGAUAUCAUCUUCACAAAGGAAAAUUUCUCUCGGCCAGUACCACAUAAAUACGACUUGAUCUCCUGCCUCGGGUCGUUUGGUCGAUGGGUUACCUCUCAGCCUGAUUUACAGCUGGACCCACCAGAUUCACGUGAAUUGUUUCUGCGUAGUGGCAGUCUCUGUUUUCUAUUUGAUUCAAUAUGGACAAUGUCAUACUCCCAGCAUGGACGUUAUAAACACAUCUUAUGUGAUGCUGUCGACAAACUGGAUCGAGGAUUGCUCAAAGUGAAUAUAUCCAAAACCAUCCAAGUUGAUGAAGCUGUGAGUAAUUUCCUAUCAAUAUCUGAUCAAAUCUUUGGGAAGACAAUUGUCCAGUUCUGAGCAACCAGUCAUCGCUGUUAAUUUGUUAUUCUGUAAAUAAAAUUUCCUUCAAAAAAUAAAUUCAUCUAAAGCUGUUA